UUACUAACUCUGUUUGAACAUUGAAUUAACAAAUAUGUCACGACCGAAGAUCCUCGUCUCAGGACACAUCGCAUGGGCGAACAAGGAGGUUUACGAGCUGCUCGAACCAUUCGGUGACAUCGUAUGGCUGGAUGGUGUACCUACGCGCAACGAUUUCAAGAACGUCUUCCUCCCGCAGCACCCCAACAUUGUCGGUAUCUACCGGCAUAACAGCUCUUCUGACCGCAUUGGGGUUUAUGAUAAGGAGUUGGUGGAUAUGCUGCCGAGCAGCGUCAAGUUCAUUGCACAUAACGGAGCAGGAUACGACCAAAUAGACGUUGCAGCAUGCAGGGCGCGUGGCAUCCAAGUAUCGAACACGCCAGGCGCAGUUGACACCGCGACUGCCACCACAGCUCUUUACCUACUCAUCUCAUGCUUCCGUCAAUUCGCCAAAGCAGAGCUGAACGCUCGCGCACGCAAUUGGAAGAACGGUCUCCUACCCGCACACGAUCCAGACGGCAAGAUCCUUGGUAUCGUUGGGUAUGGGGGGAUUGGCGGCGUACUCGCCCAGAGGUGCAGGGACAGCUUCGGGAUGAAGGUGAUCUACUAUAACCCGCGCCCGCGCACGGAUGCGCCUGCGUGGGCCGAGUACAGACCCACGCUGGUCCAAUUGCUUAAAGAGGCGGACGUGGUCAGCCUGCAUUGCCCGCUGAGGGAGGAGACGAGGGGAUUGAUUGGUGCAACGGAGUUCGAGCAGAUGAAGAAAGGUGCAAUUCUGAUUAAUACGGCGAGAGGAGCGGUGGUCGACGAGAAGGCGAUGAUCGGGGCGCUCAAGUCUGGUCAUCUGUAUGCUGCCGGCCUAGAUGUUUACCCCAGCGAGCCCCACAUCACCGAAGAGCUCUACUCCUUCCCUAACGUGACUCUGCUCCCGCACAUGGGCACGGAGACGGAGGAGAGCCAGAAAUCCAUGGAGGUUGCCGCGAUGAAGUGCUUGGUGAAGGCCUUCGAGACAGGAGAGAUCGGGAACCGAGUGGCUUGAAUGAAUUUGCAUGUACCUCAGAGUAGC